AUGUCGAUUUUUGCAGAAGUGGAUGUGUCUAACGAUGAAACGGAAGAUGAAGCUGAUGCCAACGAUUUGGGAGGUGCCAAAAAAUACUUGACAACAGCCAACGAGACAGAGGACAGGGACCAGACAGUACUAGUGGCAGCUAAGGUCAAAAAGUCACUGGUAAGACCAAGGGAAAACCUGUUGGAGCAAUAUACCACCAGACUUGCGUUUGCCCAAAUGUCUGCCAAGCAGGGCAUCAAGAAGUACUACAAAGAAGCGGAACUGAAGCUAAUUGCCGAGUUCGCUCAGGUACUGGAAUUCCAAGUUUUCCACCAAGUUAAAGCAGACGGACCCUAUGGCAUUUCCUUGGAAGAAAAGAGAGGAUCCGGACAGGAGCGUUUUCAACGUCUCAAGAAAUUGUCAGAAAGUGCUGAAACUCUCAUGGAUAUGGGUUUCAAGCUUAAUUCAUACGAUCUGUGCGUCGCCAACUGUGACAUUGAUAGAAAACAAGAAUGCAUGAUUUGCCGGUACCUAGACAAUGAUAAGAUCAGUCAUGUGAAAUUGGAAGUCAUACAGGAUAUCAUUGGGACAAUCAAAGUCAAGUCCAGAAAGAUGACGAGCAAGUAUGGCGAAGAGCAUGCGUUUUUGGGAAUGAAGAUUACACUCAAAGACGGCAAAGUUGAGAUCAGCAUGAAGAAACAUAUUUAA